AUGCCUCACAUCCCGCUGACACCUCGAGAGGCACGCGGAGUUCAUUGCUUCAAAAGGCUCAAGACGUAUGCCAACUUCCCAGAAGCACCUCAGGAGGAGGAUUCUCUCAGCAAUAGGCUCAAGACCUAUGCCAACUUCCCAGAAGCACCUCAGGCGGAGGCUUCUCUCAGCAAUAGGCUCAAGACGUAUGCCAACUUCCCAGAAGCACCUCAGGAGGAGGCUUCUCUCAGCAAUAGGCUCAAGAAGUAUGCCAACUUCCCAGAAGCACCUCAGGAGGAGGCUUCUCUCAGCAAUAGGCUCAAGACGUAUGCCAACUUCCCAGAAGCACCUCAGGAGGAGGCUUCUCUCAGCAAUAGGCUCAAGACCUAUGCCAACUUCCCAGAAGCACCUCAGGAGGAGGCUUCUCUCAGCAAUAGGCUCAAGACCUAUGCCAACUUCCCAGAAGCACCUCAGGCGGAGGCUUCUCUCAGCAAUAGGCUCAAGACCUAUGCCAACUUCCCAGAAGCACCUCAGGCGGAGGCUUCUCUCAGCAAUAGGCUCAAGACGUAUGCCAACUUCCCAGAAGCACCUCAGGAGGAGGCUUCUCUCAGCAAUAGGCUCAAGACGUAUGCCAACUUCCCAGAAGCACCUCAGGAGGAGGAUUCUCUCAGCAAUAGGCUCAAGACCUAUGCCAACUUCCCAGAAGCACCUCAGGCGGAGGCUUCUCUCAGCAAUAGGCUCAAGAAGUAUGCCAACUUCCCAGAAGCACCUCAGGAGGAGGCUUCUCUCAGCAAUAGGCUCAAGACGUAUGCCAACUUCCCAGAAGCACCUCAGGAGGAGGCUUCUCUCAGCAAUAGGCUCAAGACGUAUGCCAACUCCCCAGAAGCACCUCAGGAGGAGGCUUCUCUCAGCAAUAGGCUCAAGACGUAUGCCAACUUCCCAGAAGCACCUCAGGAGGAGGCUUCUCUCAGCAAUAGGCUCAAGACGUAUGCCAACUUUCCAGAAGCACCUCAGGAGGAUGCUUCUCUCAGCAAUAGGCUCAAGACGUAUGCCAACUUCCCAGAAGCACCUCAGGAGGAGGCUUCUCUCAGCAAUAGGCUCAAGACGUAUGCCAACUUCCCAGAAGCACCUCAGGAGGAGGCUUCUCUCAGCAAUAGGCUCAAGACGUAUGCCAACUUCCCAGAAGCACCUCAGGAGGAGGCUUCUCUCAGCAAUAGGCUCAAGACGUAUGCCAACUUCCCAGAAGCACCUCAGGAGGAGGCUUCUCUCAGCAAUAGGCUCAAGACGUAUGCCAACUUCCCAGAAGCACCUCAGGAGGAGGCUUCUCUCAGCAAUAGGCUCAAGACGUAUGCCAACUUCCCAGAAGCACCUCAGGAGGAGGCUUCUCUCAGCAAUAGGCUCAAGACGUAUGCCAACUUCCCAGAAGCACCUCAGGAGGAGGCUUCUCUCAGCAAUAGGCUCAAGACGUAUGCCAACUUCCCAGAAGCACCUCAGGAGGAGGCUUCUCUCAGCAAUAGGCUCAAGACGUAUGCCAACUUCCCAGAAGCACCUCAGGAGGAGGCUUCUCUCAGCAAUAGGCUCAAGACGUAUGCCAACUUCCCAGAAGCACCUCAGGAGGAGGCUUCUCUCAGCAAUAGGCUCAAGACGUAUGCCAACUUCCCAGAAGCACCUCAGGAGGAGGCUUCUCUCAGCAAUAGGCUCAAGACGUAUGCCAACUUCCCAGAAGCACCUCAGGAGGAGGCUUCUCUCAGCAAUAGGCUCAAGACGUAUGCCAACUUCCCAGAAGCACCUCAGGAGGAGGCUUCUCUCAGCAAUAGGCUCAAGACGUAUGCCAACUUACCAGAAGCACCUCAGGAGGAGGCUUCUCUCAGCAAUAGGCUCAAGACGUAUGCCAACUUCCCAGAAGCACCUCAGGAGGAGGAUUCUCUCAGCAAUAGGCUCAAGAAGUAUGCCAACUUCCCAGAAGCACCUCAGGAGGAGGCUUCUCUCAGCAAUAGGCUCAAGACGUAUGCCAACUUCCCAGAAGCACCUCAGGAGGAGGCUUCUCUCAGCAAUACGCUCAAGACGUAUGCCAACUUCCCAGAAGCACCUCAGGAGGAGGCUUCUCUCAGCAAUAGGCUCAAGAAGUAUGCCAACUUCCCAGAAGCACCUCAGGAGGAGGCUUCUCUCAGCAAUAGGCUCAAGACGUAUGCCAACUUCCCAGAAGCACCUCAGGAGGAGGCUUCUCUCAGCAAUACGCUCAAGACGUAUGCCAACUUCCCAGAAGCACCUCAGGAGGAGGCUUCUCUCAGCAAUAGGCUCAAGACGUAUGCCAACUUCCCAGAAGCACCCCAGGACGAGGCUUCUCUCAGCAAUAGGCUCAAGACCUAUGCCAACUUCCCAGAAGCACCUCAGGCGGAGGCUUCUCUCAGCAAUAGGCUCAAGAAGUAUGCCAACUUCCCAGAAGCACCUCAGGAGGAGGCUUCUCUCAGCAAUAGGCUCAAGACGUAUGCCAACUUCCCAGAAGCACCUCAGGAGGAGGAUUCUCUCAGCAAUAGGCUCAAGACCUAUGCCAACUUCCCAGAAGCACCUCAGGCGGAGGCUUCUCUCAGCAAUAGGCUCAAGACGUAUGCCAACUUCCCAGAAGCACCUCAGGAGGAGGCUUCUCUCAGCAAUAGGCUCAAGACGUAUGCCAACUUCCCAGAAGCACCUCAGGAGGAGGAUUCUCUCAGCAAUAGGCUCAAGACGUAUGCCAACUUCCCAGAAGCACCUCAGGAGGAGGCUUCUCUCAGCAAUAGGCUCAAGACGUAUGCCAACUUCCCAGAAGCACCUCAGGAGGAGGAUUCUCUCAGCAAUAGGCUCAAGACGUAUGCCAACUUCCCAGAAGCACCUCAGGAGGAGGCUUCUCUCAGCAAUAGGCUCAAGACGUAUGCCAACUUCCCAGAAGCACCUCAGGAGGAGGCUUCUCUCAGCAAUAGGCUCAAGACCUAUGCCAACUUCCCAGAAGCACCUCAGGCGGAGGCUUCUCUCAGCAAUAGGCUCAAGACGUAUGCCAACUUCCCAGAAGCACCUCAGGAGGAGGAUUCUCUCAGCAAUAGGCUCAAGACGUAUGCCAACUUCCCAGAAGCACCUCAGGAGGAGGCUUCUCUCAGCAAUAGGCUCAAGACGUAUGCCAACUUCCCAGAAGCACCUCAGGAGGAGGCUUCUCUCAGCAAUAGGCUCAAGACGUAUGCCAACUUCCCAGAAGCACCUCAGGAGGAGGAUUCUCUCAGCAAUAGGCUCAAGACGUAUGCCAACUUCCCAGAAGCACCUCAGGAGGAGGCUUCUCUCAGCAAUAGGCUCAAGACGUAUGCCAACUUCCCAGAAGCACCUCAGGAGGAGGCUUCUCUCAGCAAUAGGCUCAAGACGUAUGCCAACUUCCCAGAAGCACCUCAGGAGGAGGCUUCUCUCAGCAAUAGGCUCAAGACCUAUGCCAACUUCCCAGAAGCACCUCAGGCGGAGGCUUCUCUCAGCAAUAGGCUCAAGACGUAUGCCAACUUCCCAGAAGCACCUCAGGAGGAGGCUUCUCUCAGCAAUAGGCUCAAGACGUAUGCCAACUUCCCAGAAGCACCUCAGGAGGAGGCUUCUCUCAGCAAUAGGCUCAAGACGUAUGCCAACUUCCCAGAAGCACCUCAGGAGGAGGCUUCUCUCAGCAAUAGGCUCAAGACGUAUGCCAACUUCCCAGAAGCACCUCAGGAGGAGGCUUCUCUCAGCAAUAGGCUCAAGACGUAUGCCAACUUCCCAGAAGCACCUCAGGAGGAGGCUUCUCUCAGCAAUAGGCUCAAGACGUAUGCCAACUUCCCAGAAGCACCUCAGGAGGAAACUUCUCUCAGCAAUAGGCUCAAGACGUAUGCCAACUUCCCAGAAGCACCUCAGGAGGAGGCUUCUCUCAGCAAUAGGCUCAAGACGUAUGCCAACUUCCCAGAAGCACCUCAGGAGGAGGCUUCUCUCAGCAAUAGGCUCAAGACGUAUGCCAACUUCCCAGAAGCACCUCAGGAGGAGGCUUCUCUCAGCAAUAGGCUCAAGACGUAUGCCAACUUCCCAGAAGCACCUCAGGAGGAGGCUUCUCUCAGCAAUAGGCUCAAGACGUAUGCCAACUUCCCAGAAGCACCUCAGGAGGAGGCUUCUCUCAGCAAUAGGCUCAAGACGUAUGCCAACUUCCCAGAAGCACCUCAGGAGGAGGCUUCUCUCAGCAAUAGGCUCAAGACGUAUGCCAACUUCCCAGAAGCACCUCAGGAGGAGGCUUCUCUCAGCAAUAGGCUCAAGACGUAUGCCAACUUCCCAGAAGCACCUCAGGAGGAGGCUUCUCUCAGCAAUAGGCUCAAGACGUAUGCCAACUUCCCAGAAGCACCUCAGGAGGAGGCUUCUCUCAGCAAUAGGCUCAAGACCUAUGCCACCUUCCCAGAAGCACCUCAGGAGGAGGCUUCUCUCAGCAAUAGGCUCAAGACCUAUACCAACUUCCCAGAAGCACCUCAGGAGGAGGCUUCUCUCAGCAAUAGGCUCAAGACGUAUGCCAACUUCCCAGAAGCACCUCAGGAGGAGGCUUCUCUCAGCAAUAGGCUCAAGACGUAUGCCAACUUCCCAGAAGCACCUCAGGAGGAGGCUUCUCUCAGCAAUAGGCUCAAGACGUAUGCCAACUUCACAGAAGCACCUCAGGAGGAGGCUUCUCUCAGCAAUAGGCUCAAGACCUAUGCUAACUUCCAAGAAGCACCUCAGGAGGAGGCUUCUCUCAGCAAUAGGCUCAAGACGUAUGCCAACUUCCCAGAAGCACCUCAGGAGGAGGCUUCUCUCAGCAAUAGGCUCAAGACGUAUGCCAACUUCCCAGAAGCACCUCAGGAGGAGGCUUCUCUCAGCAAUAGGCUCAAGACGUAUGCCAACUUCCCAGAAGCACCUCAGGAGGAGGCUUCUCUCAGCAAUAGGCUCAAGACGUAUGCCAACUUCCCAGAAGCACCUCAGGAGGAGGCUUCUCUCAGCAAUAGGCUCAAGACGUAUGCCAACUUCCCAGAAGCACCUCAGGAGGAGGCUUCUCUCAGCAAUAGGCUCAAGACGUAUGCCAACUUCCCAGAAGCACCUCAGGAGGAGGCUUCUCUCAGCAAUAGGCUCAAGACGUAUGCCAACUUCCCAGAAGCACCUCAGGAGGAGGCUUCUCUCAGCAAUAGGCUCAAGACGUAUGCCAACUUCCCAGAAGCACCUCAGGAGGAGGCUUCUCUCAGCAAUAGGCUCAAGACGUAUGCCAACUUCCCAGAAGCACCUCAGGAGGAGGCUUCUCUCAGCAAUAGGCUCAAGACGUAUGCCAACUUCCCAGAAGCACCUCAGGAAGAGGCUUCUCUCAGCAAUAGGCUCAAGACGUAUGCCAACUUCCCAGAAGCACCUCAGGAGGAGGCUUCUCUCAGCAAUAGGCUCAAGACGUAUGCCAACUUCCCAGAAGCACCUCAGGCGGAGGCUUCUCUCAGCAAUAGGCUCAAGACAUAUGCCAACUUCCCAGAAGCACCUCAGGAGGAGGCUUCUCUCAGCAAUAGGCUCAAGACGUAUGCCAACUUCCCAGAAGCACCUCAGGAGGAGGCUUCUCUCAGCAAUAGGCUCAAGACGUAUGCCAACUUCCCAGAAGCACCUCAGGCGGAGGCUUCUCUCAGCAAUAGGCUCAAGACGUAUGCCAACUUCCCAGAAGCACCUCAGGAGGAGGCUUCUCUCAGCAAUAGGCUCAAGACGUAUGCCAACUUCCCAGAAGCACCUCAGGCGGAGGCUUCUCUCAGCAAUAGGCUCAAGACGUAUGCCAACUUCCCAGAAGCACCUCAGGAGGAGGCUUCUCUCAGCAAUAGGCUCAAGACGUAUGCCAACUUCCCAGAAGCACCUCAGGAGGAGGCUUCUCUCAGCAAUAGGCUCAAGACGUAUGCCAACUUCCCAGAAGCACCUCAGGCGGAGGCUUCUCUCAGCAAUAGGUUCAAGACGUAUGCCAACUUCCCAGAAGCACCUCAGGAGGAGGCUUCUCUCAGCAAUAGGCUCAAGACGUAUGCCAACUUCCCAGAAGCACCUCAGGAGGAGGCUUCUCUCAGCAAUAGGCUCAAGACGUAUGCCAACUUCCCAGAAGCACCUCAGGAGGAGGCUUCUCUCAGCAAUAGGCUCAAGACGUAUGCCAACUUCCCAGAAGCACCUCAGGAGGAGGCUUCUCUCAGCAAUAGGCUCAAGACGUAUGCCAACUUCCCAGAAGCACCUCAGGAGGAGGCUUCUCUCAGCAAUAGGCUCAAGACGUAUGCCAACUUCCCAGAAGCACCUCAGGAAGAGGCUUCUCUCAGCAAUAGGCUCAAGACAUAUGCCAACUUCCCAGAAGCACCUCAGGAGGAGGCUUCUCUCAGCAAUAGGCUCAAGACGUAUGCCAACUUCCCAGAAGCACCUCAGGAGGAGGCUUCUCUCAGCAAUAGGCUCAAGACGUAUGCCAACUUCCCAGAAGCACCUCAGGCGGAGGCUUCUCUCAGCAAUAGGCUCAAGACAUAUGCCAACUUCCCAGAAGCACCUCAGGAGGAGGCUUCUCUCAGCAAUAGGCUCAAGACGUAUGCCAACUUCCCAGAAGCACCUCAGGAGGAGGCUUCUCUCAGCAAUAGGCUCAAGACGUAUGCCAACUUCCCAGAAGCACCUCAGGCGGAGGCUUCUCUCAGCAAUAGGCUCAAGACGUAUGCCAACUUCCCAGAAGCACCUCAGGAGGAGGCUUCUCUCAGCAAUAGGCUCAAGACGUAUGCCAACUUCCCAGAAGCACCUCAGGAGGAGGCUUCUCUCAGCAAUAGGCUCAAGACGUAUGCCAACUUCCCAGAAGCACCUCAGGCGGAGGCUUCUCUCAGCAAUAGGCUCAAGACAUAUGCCAACUUCCCAGAAGCACCUCAGGAGGAGGCUUCUCUCAGCAAUAGGCUCAAGACGUAUGCCAACUUCCCAGAAGCACCUCAGGAGGAGGCUUCUCUCAGCAAUAGGCUCAAGACGUAUGCCAACUUCCCAGAAGCACCUCAGGCGGAGGCUUCUCUCAGCAAUAGGCUCAAGACAUAUGCCAACUUCCCAGAAGCACCUCAGGAGGAGGCUUCUCUCAGCAAUAGGCUCAAGACGUAUGCCAACUUCCCAGAAGCACCUCAGGCGGAGGCUUCUCUCAGCAAUAGGCUCAAGACGUAUGCCAACUUCCCAGAAGCACCUCAGGAGGAGGCUUCUCUCAGCAAUAGGCUCAAGACGUAUGCCAACUUCCCAGAAGCACCUCAGGAGGAGGCUUCUCUCAGCAAUAGGCUCAAGACGUAUGCCAACUUCCCAGAAGCACCUCAGGCGGAGGCUUCUCUCAGCAAUAGGCUCAAGACGUAUGCCAACUUCCCAGAAGCACCUCAGGAGGAGGCUUCUCUCAGCAAUAGGUUCAAGACGUAUGCCAACUUCCCAGAAGCACCUCAGGAGGAGGCUUCUCUCAGCAAUAGGCUCAAGGCGUAUGCCAACUUCCCAGAAGCACCUCAGGAGGAGGCUUCUCUCAGCAAUAGGCUCAAGACGUAUGCAAACUUCCCAGAAGCACCUCAAGAGGAGGCUUCUCUCAGCAAUAGGCUCAAGGCGUAUGCCAACUUCCCAGAAGCACCUCAGGAGGAGGCUUCUCUCAGCAAUAGGCUCAAGACGUAUGCCAACUUCCCAGAAGCACCUCAGGAGGAGGCUUCUCUCAGCAAUAGGCUCAAGACGUAUGCCAACUUCCCAGAAGCACCUCAGGAGGAGGCUUCUCUCAGCAAUAGGCUCAAGACGUAUGCCAACUUUCCAGAAGCACCUCAGGAGGAGGCUUCUCUCAGCAAUAGGCUCAAGACGUAUGCCAACUUUCCAGAAGCACCUCAGGAGGAUGCUUCUCUCAGCAAUAGGCUCAAGGCGUAUGCCAACUUCCCAGAAGCACCUCAGGCGGAGGCUUCUCUCAGCAAUAGGCUCAAGACGUAUGCCAACUUCCCAGAAGCACCUCCGGAGGAGGCUUCUCUCAGCAAUAGGCUCAAGACGUAUGCCAACUUCCCAGAAGCACCUCAAGAGGAGGCUUCUCUCAGUAAUAGGCUCAAGACGUAUGCCAACUUCCCGGAAGCACCUCAGGAGGACGCUUCUCUCAGCAAUAGGCUCAAGACGUAUGCCAACUUCCCAGAAGCACCUCAGGAGGAGGCUUCUCUCAGCAAUAGGCUCAAGACGUAUGCCAACUUCCCAGAAGCACCUCAGGAGGAGGCUUCUCUCAGCAAUAGGCUCAAGACGUAUGCCAACUUCCCAGAAGCACCUCAGGAGGAGGCUUCUCUCAGCAAUAGGCUCAAGACGUAUGCCAACUUCCCAGAAGCACCUCAGGAGGAGGCUUCUCUCAGCAAUAGGCUCAAGACGUAUGCCAACUUCCCAGAAGCACCUCAGGAGGAGGCUUCUCUCAGCAAUAGGCUCAAGACGUAUGCCAACUUCCCAGAAGCACCUCAGGAGGAGGCUUCUCUCAGCAAUAGGCUCAAGACGUAUGCCAACUUCCCAGAAGCACCUCAGGAGGAGGCUUCUCUCAGUAAUAGGCUCAAGACGUAUGCCAACUUCCCAGAAGCACCUCAGGAGGAGGCUUCUCUCAGCAAUAGGCUCAAGACGUAUGCCAACUUCCCAGAAGCACCUCAAGAGGAGGCUUCUCUCAGCAAUAGGCUCAAGACGUAUGCCAACUUCCCAGAAGCACCUCAGGAGGAGGCUUCUCUCAGCAAUAGGCUCAAGACGUAUGCCAACUUCCCAGAAGCACCUCAGGAGGAGGCUUCUCUCAGCAAUAGGCUCAAGACGUAUGCCAACUUCCCAGAAGCACCUCAGGAGGAGGCUUCUCUCAGCAAUAGGCUCAAGACGUAUGCCAACUUCCCAGAAGCACCUCAGGAGGAGGCUUCUCUCAGCAAUAGGCUCAAGACGUAUGCCAACUUCCCAGAAGCACCUCAGGAGGAGGCUUCUCUCAGCAAUAGGCUCAAGACGUAUGCCAACUUUCCAGAAGCACCUCAGGAGGAUGCUUCUCUCAGCAAUAGGCUCAAGACGUAUGCCAACUUCCCAGAAGCACCUCAGGAGGAGGCUUCUCUCAGCAAUAGGCUCAAGACGUAUGCCAACUUCCCAGAAGCACCUCAGGAGGAGGCUUCUCUCAGCAAUAGGCUCAAGACGUAUGCCAACUUUCCAGAAGCACCUCAGGAGGAUGCUUCUCUCAGCAAUAGGCUCAAGACGUAUGCCAACUUCCCAGAAGCACCUCAAGAGGAGGCUUCUCUCAGCAAUAGGCUCAAGACGUAUGCCAACUUCCCAGAAGCACCUCAGGAGGAGGCUUCUCUCAGCAAUAGGCUCAAGACGUAUGCCAACUUCCCAGAAGCACCUCAGGAGGAGGCUUCUCUCAGCAAUAGGCUCAAGACGUAUGCCAACUUCCCAGAAGCACCUCAGGAGGAGGCUUCUCUCAGCAAUAGGCUCAAGACGUAUGCCAACUUCCCAGAAGCACCUCAGGAGGAGGCUUCUCUCAGCAAUAGGCUCAAGACGUAUGCCAACUUCCCAGAAGCACCUCAGGAGGAGGCUUCUCUCAGCAAUAGGCUCAAGACGUAUGCCAACUUUCCAGAAGCACCUCAGGAGGAUGCUUCUCUCAGCAAUAGGCUCAAGACGUAUGCCAACUUUCCAGAAGCACCUCAGGAGGAUGCUUCUCUCAGCAAUAGGCUCAAGACGUAUGCCAACUUCCCAGAAGCACCUCAGGAGGAGGCUUCUCUCAGCAAUAGGCUCAAGACGUAUGCCAACUUCCCAGAAGCACCUCAGGAGGAGGCUUCUCUCAGCAAUAGGCUCAAGACGUAUGCCAACUUUCCAGAAGCACCUCAGGAGGAGGCUUCUCUCAGCAAUAGGCUCAAGACGUAUGCCAACUUUCCAGAAGCACCUCAGGAGGAUGCUUCUCUCAGCAAUAGGCUCAAGACGUAUGCCAACUUUCCAGAAGCACCUCAGGAGGAGGCUUCUCUCAGCAAUAGGCUCAAGACGUAUGCCAACUUUCCAGAAGCACCUCAGGAGGAUGCUUCUCUCAGCAAUAGGCUCAAGACGUAUGCCAACUUUCCAGAAGCACCUCAGGAGGAUGCUUCUCUCAGCAAUAGGCUCAAGACGUAUGCCAACUUUCCAGAAGCACCUCAGGAGGAGGUUUCUCUCAGCAAUAGGCUCAAGACGUAUGGCAACUUUCCAGAAGCACCUCAGGAGGAUGCUUCUCUCAGCAAUAGGCUCAAGACGUAUGCCAACUUUCCAGAAGCACCUCAGGAGGAUGCUUCUCUCAGCAAUAGGCUCAAGACGUAUGCCAACUUUCCAGAAGCACCUCAGGAGGAUGCUUCUCUCAGCAAUAGGCUCAAGACGUAUGCCAACUUUCCAGAAGCACCUCAGGAGGAGGUUUCUCUCAGCAAUAGGCUCAAGACGUAUGGCAACUUUCCAGAAGCACCUCAGGAGGAUGCUUCUCUCAGCAAUAGGCUCAAGACGUAUGCCAACUUUCCAGAAGCACCUCAGGAGGAUGCUUCUCUCAGCAAUAGGCUCAAGACGUAUGCCAACUUUCCAGAAGCACCUCAGGAGGAGGUUUCUCUCAGCAAUAGGCUCAAGACGUAUGCCAACUUUCCAGAAGCACCUCAGGAGGAUGCUUCUCUCAGCAAUAGGCUCAAGACGUAUGCCAACUUUCCAGAAGCACCUCAGGAGGAGGCUUCUCUCAGCAAUAGGCUCAAGACGUAUGCCAACUUUCCAGAAGCACCUCAGGAGGAUGCUUCUCUCAGCAAUAGGCUCAAGACGUAUGCCAACUUUCCAGAAGCACCUCAGGAGGAGGUUUCUCUCAGCAAUAGGCUCAAGACGUAUGCCAACUUUCCAGAAGCACCUCAGGAGGAUGCUUCUCUCAGCAAUAGGCUCAAGACGUAUGCCAACUUUCCAGAAGCACCUCAGGAGGAGGCUUCUCUCAGCAAUAGGCUCAAGACGUAUGCCAACUUUCCAGAAGCACCUCAGGAGGAGGCUUCUCUCAGCAAUAGGCUCAAGACGUAUGCCAACUUUCCAGAAGCACCUCAGGAGGAGGCUUCUCUCAGCAAUAGGCUCAAGACGUAUGCCAACUUUCCAGAAGCACCUCAGGAGGAGGCUUCUCUCAGCAAUAGGCUCAAGACGUAUGCCAACUUUCCAGAAGCACCUCAGGAGGAGGUUUCUCUCAGCAAUAGGCUCAAGACGUAUGCCAACUUCCCAGAAGCACCUCAGGAGGAGGUUUCUCUCAGCAAUAGGCUCAAGACGUAUGCCAACUUUCCAGAAGCACCUCAGGAGGAUGCUUCUCUCAGCAAUAGGCUCAAGACGUAUGCCAACUUUCCAGAAGCACCUCAGGAGGAGGUUUCUCUCAGCAAUAGGCUCAAGACGUAUGCCAACUUUCCAGAAGCACCUCAGGAGGAGGCUUCUCUCAGCAAUAGGCUCAAGACGUAUGCCAACUUUCCAGAAGCACCUCAGGAGGAGGCUUCUCUCAGCAAUAGGCUCAAGACGUAUGCCAACUUUCCGGAAGCACCUCAGGAGGAUGCUUCUCUCAGCAAUAGGCUCAAGACGUAUGCCAACUUUCCAGAAGCACCUCAGGAGGAGGUUUCUCUCAGCAAUAGGCUCAAGACGUAUGCCAACUUCCCAGAAGCACCUCAGGAGGAGGUUUCUCUCAGCAAUAGGCUCAAGACGUAUGCCAACUUUCCAGAAGCACCUCAGGAGGAUGCUUCUCUCAGCAAUAGGCUCAAGACGUAUGCCAACUUUCCAGAAGCACCUCAGGAGGAGGUUUCUCUCAGCAAUAGGCUCAAGACGUAUGCCAACUUCCCAGAAGCACCUCAGGAGGAGGUUUCUCUCAGCAAUAGGCUCAAGACGUAUGCCAACUUUCCAGAAGCACCUCAGGAGGAUGCUUCUCUCAGCAAUAGGCUCAAGACGUAUGCCAACUUUCCAGAAGCACCUCAGGAGGAUGCUUCUCUCAGCAAUAGGCUCAAGACGUAUGCCAACUUUCCAGAAGCACCUCAGGAGGAGGCUUCUCUCAGCAAUAGGCUCAAGACGUAUGCCAACUUUCCAGAAGCACCUCAGGAGGAUGCUUCUCUCAGCAAUAGGCUCAAGACGUAUGCCAACUUUCCAGAAGCACCUCAGGAGGAGGCUUCUCUCAGCAAUAGGCUCAAGACGUAUGCCAACUUUCCAGAAGCACCUCAGGAGGAGGCUUCUCUCAGCAAUAGGCUCAAGACGUAUGCCAACUUUCCAGAAGCACCUCAGGAGGAGGCUUCUCUCAGCAAUAGGCUCAAGACGUAUGCCAACUUUCCAGAAGCACCUCAGGAGGAUGCUUCUCUCAGCAAAAGGCUCAAGACGUAUGCCAACUUUCCAGAAGCACCUCAGGAGGAUGCUUCUCUCAGCAAAAGGCUCAACUCGUAUGCCAACUUUCCAGAAGCACCUCAGGAGGAGGCUUCUCUCAGCAAUAGGCUCAAGACGUAUGCCAACUUUCCAGAAGCACCUCAGGAGGAGGCUUCUCUCAGCAAUAGGCUCAAGACGUAUACCAACUUUCCAGAAGCACCUCAGGAGGAGGCUUCUCUCAGCAAUAGGCUCAAGACGUAUGCCAACUUUCCAGAAGCACCUCAGGAGGAUGCUUCUCUCAGCAAUAGGCUCAAGACGUAUGCCAACUUUCCAGAAGCACCUCAGGAGGAGGUUUCUCUCAGCAAUAGGCUCAAGACGUAUGCCAACUUUCCAGAAGCACCUCAGGAGGAGGCUUCUCUCAGCAAUAGGCUCAAGACGUAUGCCAACUUUCCAGAAGCACCUCAGGAGGAGGUUUCUCUCAGCAAUAGGCUCAAGACGUAUGCCAACUUUCCAGAAGCACCUCAGGAGGAUGCUUCUCUCAGCAAUAGGCUCAAGACGUAUGCCAACUUUCCAGAAGCACCUCAGGAGGAGGCUUCUCUCAGCAAUAGGCUCAAGACGUAUGCCAACUUUCCAGAAGCACCUCAGGAGGAGGCUUCUCUCAGCAAUAGGCUCAAGUCGUAUGCCAACUUUCCAGAAGCACCUCAGGAGGAGGCUUCUCUCAGCAAUAGGCUCCAGACGUAUGCCAACUUUCCAGAAGCACCUCAGGAGGAGGCUUCUCUCAGCAAUAGGCUCAAGACGUAUGCCAACUUUCCAGAAGCACCUCAGGAGGAGGCUUCUCUCAGCAAUAGGCUCAAGACGUAUGCCAACUUUCCAGAAGCACCUCAGGAGGAGGCUUCUCUCAGCAAUAGGCUCAAGACGUAUGCCAACUUUCCAGAAGCACCUCAGGAGGAGGCUUCUCUCAGCAAUAGGCUCAAGACGUAUGCCAACUUUCCAGAAGCACCUCAGGAGGAGGCUUCUCUCAGCAAUAGGCUCAAGACGUAUGCCAACUUUCCAGAAGCCCCUCAGGAGGAGGCUUCUCUCAGCAAUAGGCUCAAGACGUAUGCCAACUUUCCAGAAGCACCUCAGGAGGAGGCUUCUCUCAGCAAUAGGCUCAAGACGUAUGCCAACUUUCCAGAAGCACCUCAGGAGGAGGCUUCUCUCAGCAAUAGGCUCAAGACGUAUGCCAACUUUCCAGAAGCACCUCAGGAGGAGGCUUCUCUCAGCAAUAGGCUCAAGACGUAUGCCAACUUUCCAGAAGCACCUCAGGAGGAGGCUUCUCUCAGCAAUAGGCUCAAGACGUAUGCCAACUUUCCAGAAGCACCUCAGGAGGAGGCUUCUCUCAGCAAUAGGCUCAAGACGUAUGCCAACUUUCCAGAAGCACCUCAGGAGGAGGCUUCUCUCAGCAAUAGGCUCAAGACGUAUGCCAACUUUCCAGAAGCACCUCAGGAGGAGGCUUCUCUCAACAAUAGGCUCAAGACGUAUGCCAACUUUCCAGAAGCACCUCAGGAGGAGGCUUCUCUCAGCAAUAGGCUCAAGACGAAUGCCAACUUUCCAGAAGCACCUCAGGAGGAGGCUUCUCUCAGCAAUAGGCUCAAGACGUAUGCCAACUUUCCAGAAGCACCUCAGGAGGAGGCUUCUCUCAGCAAUAGGCUCAAGACGUAUGCCAACUUUCCAGAAGCACCUCAAGAGGAGGCUUCUCUCAGCAAUAGGCUCAAGACGUAUGCCAACUUUCCAGAAGCACCUCAGGAGGAGGCUUCUCUCAGCAAUAGGCUCAAGUCGUAUGCCAACUUUCCAGAAGCACCUCAGGAGGAGGCUUCUCUCAGCAAUAGCCUCGAAGAGAUUCCUGAGGUGUCCCUCGUUACUAGACAGGAGUCCUGA